GCCUGCAUCCCUGCUCCUGCACUGGUCUCCAUCUCCCAGCAGAAGGCGCAGCCAUGAAUCCGUUAUUCGGCCCCAAUCUCUUCCUCCUACAGCAGGAGCAGCAGGGCCUGGCAGGGCCGCCUGGGGACCCUCUGGGAGGCGACCACUUCGCCAGGGGAGGGGACGUGCUCCCGUCGCCGCUCGCCUCGCCCUGCCCGGCUUCCUACUCGCCGCCCGGGCCAGGCCCGGCGCCCCCCGCCGCCAUGGCCCUCCGAAACGACCUGGGCUCCAACAUCAACGUGCUCAAGACCCUGAACCUCCGCUUCCGCUGCUUCCUGGCCAAGGUGCACGAGCUGGAGCGCCGCAACCGGCUGCUGGAGAAGCAGCUGCAGCAGGCGCUGGAGGAGGGUAAGCAGGGCCGGCGGGGCCUGGCUCGCCGCGACCAGGCCGUGCAGACCGGCUUUAUAAGCCCCAUCCGGCCCCUGGGGCUGCCCCUGGGCGCCCGGCCGGCCGCCGUCUGCACCCCGUCGGCGCGGGUGCUGGGUUCGCCUGCGCGCUCGCCUGCCGGCUCCCUCGCGCCCUCCGCCUCCUGCCACUCGUCGCCCUCCACCUCCACCUCGGCCGCCUUCUCCUCGUCGGCCCGCUUCAUGCCCGGCACCAUCUGGUCCUUCUCUCACGCCCGCCGGCUGGGGCCGGGACUGGAGCCCACGCUGGUGCAGGGGCCUGGCCUGUCGUGGGUGCACCCCGACGGGGUGGGCGUCCAGAUAGACACCAUCACCCCUGAGAUCCGAGCGCUCUACAACGUGUUGGCCAAGGUGAAGCGCGAGCGGGACGAGUACAAGCGGAGGUGGGAAGAGGAGUACACAGUGCGGAUACAGCUGCAGGAGCGAGUGAAUGAGCUCCAGGAGGAAGCCCAGGAGGCGGAUGCCUGCCAAGAGGAGCUGGCGAUGAAGGUGGAGCAGUUGAAAGCAGAGCUGGUGGUCUUCAAGGGGCUCAUGAGCAAUAAUCUGACGGAGCUGGACACGAAGAUCCAGGAGAAGGCCAUGAAGGUGGACAUGGACAUCUGCCGCCGUAUUGACAUCACUGCCAAGCUCUGUGACGUGGCUCAGCAGCGCAACUGUGAGGACAUGAUCCACAUGUUCCAGAAGAAACUGUCUCUGCACUUGUCUCCCAUUAAGGUCCCAUCCAUGGGGGGGCGGAAGCGGGAGCGCAAGGCUGCCGUCGAGGACACCUCCCUGCCGGAGAGUGCCGGGCCCCGCCAGCCCGAUGGGGAUGAGGAGGAGAGCACAGCCCUCAGCAUCAACGAGGAGAUGCAGCGUAUGCUCAACCAGCUGAGGGAGUAUGAUUUUGAGGACGACUGUGACAGCCUGACUUGGGAGGAGACUGAGGAGACCCUGCUGCUUUGGGAGGAUUUCUCAGGCUAUGCCAUGGCAGCUGCAGAGGCCCAGGGAGAGCAGCAGGAAGACAGUUUGGAGAAGGUGAUUAAAGAUACAGAGUCCCUGUUCAAAACCCGGGAGAAGGAAUAUCAGGAAACCAUUGACCAGAUAGAGCUGGAGCUGGCCACGGCCAAGAACGAUAUGAACCGGCACCUGCACGAGUACAUGGAGAUGUGCAGCAUGAAGCGGGGCUUGGACGUGCAGAUGGAGACCUGCCGCCGGCUCAUCACCCAGUCUGGAGACCGAAAGUCUCCUGCAUUCACUUCGGUCCCGCUUAGCGACCCGCCGCCACCGCCAAGCGAGACUGAGGAGUCCGAUCGCGAUGUCUCAUCUGAUAGCUCCAUGAGAUAGGGACCUGCCUCGGGUUUCCCUGGGUUCCCACCCUGACGGGAAUGCACCUCAGCAGAGUGGGGUUCACAGAAAGGGAACUUGAUUUGUCCCGCUGUACCAAGCCUGGCCCCUGGGGACAGGGCUGCUCCUCCCUCGGGCUUCUUCCCUUGGUCUUUGGCCUCUCCAGUGUUCUAGGAUGUCUGGAGUGAGGCUUGGCCUGCCCUUCCCGGGCGACUCCCACUACAGCUGGGGCUCUCCUGCCUUCAUGCGUGGGUGUCUGCUAUUCCCUGUCUUAAAAAUGCUGCCAGCACUAUCGUGGCCCCAUAACUUCUCCAUUGAAUAUGGAAUGUGAUUGUCAAUCUUCUUUCCACCUCUCUGGCCUAGAGUACCGGUGCUAACUGGGCCACGCACUGGUAUGACGUGGGUUAGGCUGGAAGUCCCGUGGCUUGUGCAGCACAUGCAGUGGGGAGAGGGUUCCCUCCGUGUUGCAGCUGGAGGGAAGCGUGACUGGGAAGGGCCAUCUCUUCUCCCUCUUUGUCUGAUGCUCUGGUCACUUGCCCGUGUGGAUGGCGGUGAUGUGACUGUGACCCCUUGUGGAAGUGCCAUUCAGUGAAGGGGCCUCAGUGCCUCCGUUUA